UUCUACUUUAGUCUCUCUCUCUCUCUGUAUCUAUCUCUUUCUCUCUCUAUUGAAGAAAAGCAGCCACAAAUUUCUGUGUGUGUGUUCAAGAAUUUCAAAACCAUCAUCCUCGAGUAAGUUCUACUCUUUCAACAAUCCCUGAAUUUUCUUCGGGCUUUAGGAAAAUUAUGUUCUUGAUUCUUCACUUCCUCUCAAGUAACAUACAGGGCAUAAUAUUCGGUAUGCACUACUGGAUAUAACUCCAUAAUUAUCUUUUUUUAUAAUACUGUUCAGUACGGUGCAAUCAGAUUCUAUUCCAAUGCUUCUUGAUCCGAUCUAAUGCUAUUCCUUCAUAAGAAACUUUCACCUUCUAUAUAUUUCCUCCCUAUCUAGUCAAGUCUUUUGCUACCGAGGUUUUUCAGAAACUUGACUAACUCAUGCCCAGAUACAAUGAACAGAGGAAUGGGGUUUUUGUCUCCUGCAUCACGUGUCAGUACAUCAAAUUGGAUGUUUCAAGAUAGUAAGGUGACAAAGUGGACUCCAGAAGAGAACAAAAGGUUUGAGAAUGCUCUUGCAUUAUUUGACAAAGAUACUCCAGAUAGAUGGUACAAUGUGGCAGCCAUGAUCCCGGGAAAGACUGUAAGUGAUGUGAUCAAACAGUAUAUGAAAUUGGUAGAAGAUGUUAGUGAUAUAGAAGCAGGGCUAAUACCAAUACCAGGUUACACCAAUGAUUCUUUGACAAUGGACUGGGUGAAUAGCCUAGGCUAUGAUGGGUUGAGAAAAGGUGUAGCCUGUAGUCGGAACUCGUCUGCUCGAUCUUCGGAACAUGAAAGGAAAAAGGGCGUGCCAUGGACCCAAGAAGAGCACAGGCAAUUUCUGUUGGGGCUGAAAAAGUAUGGAAGAGGAGACUGGAGAAAUAUCUCUCGCAAUUUUGUAACAACGAGAACUCCGACUCAGGUUGCUAGUCAUGCUCAGAAGUACUUCAUCAGACAGCUUUCCGGAAGGAAGGAUAAGAAAAGAUCGAGUAUACAUGAUAUCACAACCGUCAAUCUUAUAGAAGUGAAAUCAGACACAGAUAGACCUCAUGCACCGGAUAAAUCUACCUUGGUUAGGCACUUUCAACAGAAUAUAGACUCUAAUCAGCCAAAUGAAGGAGGGACAAAAGCGUCCAACUUACCGAAUAACAGCCUAAUCACAACACAUCUUCCAGGCACACCUUCGUUUGCAGUACUAAAUCAGCGUAACCAUCACAUGCAAAGUAUUAGUCCCUGUGUACUCGAGUUAGGACAUCACGGUACAGUUUUCCGAAUGCCGCCUACCCCACAUGAGCGAUUUCACAAUGCAGAUAGAAACCAAGUACAGAGUUAUUCGACAUCAUGUGAAGGUGUUUAUGAAGGCUAAAGUUAGCUGAUGUUAGCAAGUGAUGCACUCUGAAUAUGUUUGGUAUGCAAUAUGAUUUAAUAGUACAAUGAACAAGAUUUUAACAUAUCAAUGAAAGGUUCAUUCCGACGACGGGGAAUUGUACUAUGACUAGAUGCCGCAUCAAGAGUGUUACAUUGUCAAGAAAAAAGGUUCUUUGGAAAUGAGUUUAGAGCCAAAAGGUAUAUAAAAAAGAAUCAAGAGAAGUUCUUACAUAAUUUUUCAGUAUAUUUAUUGAAAAUAAUUGAGGUACAAGUUGUCCAUCUAGAAACUUUGUUAUACUUCCUACUUGUGUUCAAGAUCCCUCUGUAUUAUUAGCUUUUUGGUUAUAAAUAAUUUAUGCUAGUCUUGAACUAUUAUGUGCUGAA